CUACUCCCAGCGGCUGAGCCUGCUGCUGCUGCUCCUGCUGCUGCCCGGCCCCCCACCCACCCCAGGCAUGGAGGACGCCGCCUUCCCCCACCUGGGGGAGAGCUCGCAGCCCCCGCCCCGGGCCUGCCCCCUGCGCUGCUCCUGCCCCCGGGCAGACACAGUGGACUGCAAUGGCCUGGACCUUCAGGUGUUCCCGGACAACAUCACCCGGGCAGCUCAGCACCUCUCCCUGCAGAACAACCAGCUCCAGGAGCUCCCCUACAAUGAGCUGUCACGCCUCAGCAGCCUCCGGACCCUCAACCUCCACAACAAUCUCAUCUCUUCCGAGGCUCUCGGUGGCCCCCCAGUUUCUGCCCCGCUCCCUCCGAGUUGCGGAUCUGGCUGCCAACCAAGUGACGGAGAUCUUCCCGCUUACCUUUGGGGAGAAGCCGGCGCUCAGCUGAGCAACGCCGGCCUGCCCCCUGACGCCUUCCACGGCUCUGAAGCCGUGGUCAUCCUCAGCCUCUCCAGCAACCGGCUCAGCUACUUGCCGCCCAGUCUGCCACCCUCGCUGGAGUGGCUCCACCUGCAGAACAACCUCAUCUCCAAGGUGCCCCGAGGGGCACUGAGCCGCCAGACACACCUGCGGGAGCUCUAUCUCCAGCACAACCAGCUGACGGACAGCGGCCUGGAUGCCACCACCUUCAGCAAGCUGCACCACCUCGAGUACCUGGACCUGUCCCACAACCGGCUAGCCUCGGUGCCCGCGGGCCUGCCCCGCACCCUGGCCGUGCUGCACCUGGGCCGCAACCGCAUCCGCAGGGUGGAGGCGGCCCGGCUGCGCGGGGCGCGGGGCCUGCGCUACCUCCUGCUGCAGCACAACCAGCUGGGGGCGACGGGGCUGCCCGCAGGGGCGCUGCGGCCGCUGCGGGGCCUGCACACGCUGCACCUCUAUGGCAACGGGCUGGACCGCGUGCCCCUGGCGCUGCCCCGCCGCCUGCGGGCCCUGGUGCUGCCCCACAACCACGUGGCCACGCUGGGCGCCCGGGACCUGGCUGGCACACCGGGCCUGGCCGAACUCAACCUGGCCUACAACCGCCUGGUCAGCGCCCGCGUGCACCGCCGGGCCUUCCGCCCGCUGCGUGCCCUGCGCAGCCUUGACCUGGCCGGCAACCUGCUGACCCGGCUGCCCGGCGGCCUGCCCGGCGGCCUGCACACCCUGCGGCUGCAGCGCAACCAGCUGCGGGCCCUCGAGCCGGAGCCGCUGGCCGGCUUGGACCAACUGCGGGAGCUCAGCCUGGCGCACAACCGGCUCCGGGUCGGAGACAUCGGGCCCGGCACCUGGCACGAACUCCAGGCCCUCCAGGUGCUGGACCUCAGCCACAACGAGCUGUCCUUUGUGCCCCCUGACCUGCCUGAGGCCCUGGAGGAGCUGCACCUGCAGGGCAACCGCAUCAGCCACGUGGGUCCUGAAGCCUUCCUCAGCACUCCCCGCCUGCGCGCCCUCUUUCUCAGGGCAAACAGGCUUCACAUGACCAGCAUCGCACCGGACGCCUUCCUGGGCCUCCUGCACCUGAGUGUGGUGGAUACGGCGGGCAACCCCGAGCAGGUCCUGAUCCGGCUGCCACCCACAACUCCACGUCAGCCACGGGCAGGGAGCCCCCGAGCCCGGAGGGGUCCAGCAGUGUAGCCCAGACCCCCGGGGCUCCACUGGGUCACGGGCCGAGGAGACGGUGCCUAUCCGGGGCCUCAACCAGGCUCUCCCAGGCCUCAAGGGCCUGGCCAGGAAGCUGGGGACAGGGGCGCUGCGUCCACACACAGGGAGCCCCGGGAGAGACUCAAGCACGCAGCUCACACGCCAGGCACGCAGACCACACCAGCCCUGCCGGACGCGGUCCCCACUCCCCGCACAAGUGGAGGCGGCAACAAUAAAGCCUAAUAACCCUGUCAAGUGCUCACCACCUGCCAGAUGCCCUUCACCUUGCAGGAGGGGCUCUCACCAUCCCAGCAUCCAACGGAGGAAACUGACGCUGUGGGAUGCUAAGAGGGUCAGGCAAUCUGGUCCAAGUCCCGGGGCCAGUGAGCGGCCGGGCUGGAUUUCGAGGGGUCAGCAAGAACCACCACGUGACAGCUGACCAUACGUAUACACCUGAACACACCCAAGGCCACCAGCUACAGAAACACACGGCACGGCAGACGCCCUCAAGCAGGCCACAGCCCUCACACAUGUCCCCGGAGCAAGUGUGCGAAUCGAACACAUCCUUCACGGGCACUCUCCCCCCACGGC